AUGACCUUUAACCUCACCCUCCCAAUCCUAACCACAACAACAUCCCCACCAGCUAACCCAAAAUAUCCAAAGAAAUGCGACCCCCCACGUUUUGCUGAGUAUCCCUCAACAUUUAUCGAUUGCAUGAAGCAUUAUUUAACAAAGGCCAUUGUAGCCCAUAAAAAGCGAGCAGAGGAGCAGAAUGACGCAAAAUCCAACCCAACAAAGGGCUGUCAAAAUUGUCGAUAUUGUUAA